AUGGGCAGCAACAGUAUACGCAGGAUGCAUGUGCAGGUGGUAAUAGAGAGAGCUGAGCUUGUGCAGCGGUCGUACAUGGAGUACUCUGUCUGUAUCAGAAUCAUCGAUAACGGGCUGGUCCUCUGGAAUGCCCUGUUGAAGAAACGGUUCUCGGACUUUGUGACGUUGGUCAAGCAAUUACUGCGGGAGACCGGAUCCGACACGGUCCCCUACGAACUACCGGAGAGACGCUUUAGUCUGUGGACUGGCAGGCGAAGCGUUAUCUCAGAAGCCGUAGUGCAAGAGCGGAAGGUCAAACUGGCGAAGUUUCUCUACGAUAUGUUGAACGACUCGUUUGAUGUCAAGUGGAAGAGUUGUAAGGCGCUGGUACCGUUUCUAGGGAUCCCUGCUCCGUGGCCAGAAUUCGUCGCGAAUCUGGUGAGCAGCAGCAGGGGAGGCCAUCAGGCGACAAUGAGCUGGCUUGAGCAAUUCAGAAACUGCAAGACGUCGCUGGAGCAGUUGAGGCAUUCUGUAGACUCGAAACCUGCUGCGCAGAUGCAGUUACGGUUGCAGAUUGCUGCGCUGGAAAAGUCGCUGAAGUCGGAUGAGUCGAUUGAGCGGGGCGAGAGGGACAGGCGCCAUAACCUGCUGAGCACGCUGAGACAGGACAUAAACGACGUCUCAUUAAAACCGCAACUACAUGUUCACUCGUCCUCGCAGUCGGAGUCGCAGUCACAAUCCGAGAGAUUAUUCCCAGACACCCCCGCGGCGGACUCCAUCUCGCAGAGACCCGCGGUCGGCAGACGUCGUCUUGGGGAGACUGCUGAGACGGAGACUUUGAAUAACCAGGGGCUUCUCCAGUUAAACACCACGAAGAUGCAAGCUCAGGACGUAGAGAUUCUACAGUUGAGGGACGCCGUGCGGAGGCAGAAGCAGCUGUCGCUCGCGAUGAACGAGGAGCUGGAGCAACAAAACGAGCUGCUGGACUCCUUCAAUUCCGAGGUCGACCACACGGCGGCUAAGAUGGCACGGGCCCAUCGGGAUGCCAAGCGGUUCAACGAGCGUGUAUAG